GCCCCCUCAGGUGCAGCUCAUUAAAAAGCUGUGAAAGCGGAACAAUGGCGUCAGACCGAGUGAAGAGAGAGCGCCAAACUUUAAUCGUAAACAAUGUCAUCGAGCGGAGUGGAAAGUGCAGCUCAGAGCCCGCUGCUCUCCUCCAGUUUCUGUUUCAGCCCGUGGUCCUGUGUUUGCGUGAAGGGAUGGUCGGCCACAGCGUGGAACGGCCUCCCCGAGCCGCUGCUGGCGGCGGCGGCCGCCUCCUCCGGCUGCUCCGCCCCGGAGCCGUGGCUCCUCCCCGGCUGCAGCUCCGUCUUCGACAGCCUGGUCAGUAACGUUUCUCUGGUGUCGUCUCCUCCUCCGGCGAGCAGCCUGCGAGGAAGAGAGAGAGCUGUCAGCAGCAAAGCUCGCAGUCUGUUUUCCUUCAGGCCGUCCAUCCUGGAGCGCUGUAUCCUCAAAGUGUCCACCAGCAGUGUGGCUGUGGGGACGGACGAUUUGGACAAGAGGUCUGCCCUCGGUCGCUGCUACCCCCGCCUCCUCGAUCCGGCCAACACCGAGACCAACGAAGCGGUUCUGAAGCGGCGGCAGAAACAGAUCCACUACGGCAAGAUCACCAGCGGCUACCAGAACUACCUGCAGCAGGUGCCCAAACACCAAAGGGACCCUAAGCUCCACCCAUCCACCCCUAACAUGUACAGGAAGUACAGCCGGCGCUCCUGGGACAUGCAAGUGCGUCUGUGGAGGCGAGCGCUGCACCUGUGGGACCCGCCUACCGAAAACCAGCCGGACGCCAUUGACGCAGAGGACCCGGUGGAGCAACUGCAGAGUCAGCUGGCGAAGAUGACGUCUGGUCUGUGUGAGGACAGAAGACAAAAGCAGAGAGAGAAGGAGUCUCCUCCAGCUUCUGAAGCCUCCUCUGUGUCUCUGUCGGCCGGGACAUCACUUGAGCUUGGAGGACCCUGGACCGUCCCGUUCUCACCGGAGGCAGAGAUGAGCCAUCGGCCUCUUCGCUCCCCCCCCGGCCUGAGUGCCUCCCUCAGUAGUCAGCUGACCUCCAAGGACAACAUGACCGACUGGCUGCGCCUCCUGCUGGAGGCCGACCAUACCCAAGAUCUGGGUUCUGACGAUCAGCAGGUUCCUGUGUUUUCUGACCAGCUCUCCUGGAAUCCGUACUGAUCUGAAACCAGCGACGUCCAUUCGACGGUCCUCGUCAUUGAAACUGGACGUGACGGCGUUGUGGUCUCGACCUCGUACUGUGAUCGCCACUCUGUUGCAGGAACGUGUGUUUGUGGUUUCCGGUACGUUUGUCUUUUUAAGAUCGCUGAAGAUUGACUGUAACGACAGCAGGGAUGUGAUUGGUCCUUGAUCCUCGUUGCAUCGACCCUCCAUGGUCUUUUCACAAGGGGUAGGGUCCGAGCAUGUUGCUUUAGUUUGCACGUUGUAUAUUUAUUUAUGUUGAUCACGUCUCACCUGCAUCAUGUUUUAGUUCUGCACUGAUGGAACAGCUGCCAAUAGUUUGUACUUGACGUCACUUUUGUGUAUUGAUCAUUUUGUCACAUUAGCGCCCCUCUGUGGCUGCCGUUGUCUUUGCUCCACCAUCACCUUCAUGCUCUGGCUCCUCCUCACCGAUAUGUUUUUUCUAAAAAACAAAACUCUGAUUGUUGGAGGGAGAAGCUGCUACUUUGUGUUGUUGUGAGUUUUCUUUUACUUGUUGUUUUGUGCUGCUCGAUUACGAGAGCAAAGCUGAAAUAUGUGAUUAAUAAAGAUGUAAAUAAAGUGUCGUGAAUUCA